AUGAAAGGGUUUAGUUGCAUUAUCACUGCGCUCUGGCUGGGCAGCUUAGGGACUGCCAUCAAGCCACCAACCACUCAUGUGGUCCAUGAGCAACGUCAUCCCGAUGCCUCCAGCACUCUCAUCAAGCGAUGGAAGCCUCACAGUGGACUUCAAUUGCCAAUGCGCAUUGGGUUGAAGCAGAAUAACAUAGAGAAAGCUCCGCGUUGGCUCAUGGAUGUGGCACAUCCCACGUCGAAGAAAUAUGGGAAGCAUUGGACAGCACAGGAGGUCAUUGAAGCCUUUAAACCCUCUGAUGAGACUGUCGACUCCGUAAAGCAAUGGCUAGAGGACAGUGGUAUUGCUGAAUGGCGCAUCACGCAUUCUAACAACAAGGCUUGGCUUGCGUUUGAAGCAUCUCUGGAUGAAGCAGAGACGCUCCUUCACAGCGAUUAUCUCGUUUACCAGAACACCAAUGGCCGAAUGAUUACCGACUGCGAGAGUUAUACCAUCCCGCAGCACUUGACCAAGCACAUUGAUUAUAUUACCCCAGGUGUAAAAGGUGUUGACAUCACAUCUAGACUUCGCCAUGCUGCUAUCAAGGGAGGUGUUUCCUCGGGCCAAGUGCGACCCAGGGGCACCAAGCUUGGUCGUCGCAGAUUCAAGCCGCGGAAACGCUUAUCGACUGCGCCUAUCCCAAAGGACCUCUCCACUUGCGACAAAGCCAUCACACCUGUCUGCUUGCAGACAUUGUACCAGUUCGAGUCUCUCGAUACUACGUCUGUCGUCUCCUCCAAUAACUCUUUGGGAAUCUUCGAGGAAGCAGACUACUACUCCCAAGUAGACUUGAAUCUCUUCUACGCCAAGUACGCCCCUCAUAUAUCCAAAGGCUGGGGGCCUGAACUGAACUCGAUUGAUGGUGGCGAAGCUCCUGUGCCUUUCACACAAGCUGGCGGGGAGAGCAGCAUGGACUUCCAACUGGCCAUUCCCAUCAUCUAUCCCCAGAAAACAGUAGUCUAUCAGACCGAUGACGGAUACUACUCGACUUUGGAAAACAAGAUGGGAAUUUUCAACACAUUUCUCGAUGCGAUCGAUGGGUCUUACUGCACGUACUGCUCAGAUGGCGAGUGCGGCAACGAUCCUGAGCUUGAUCCAGUCUACCCUGAUUCGCACCAUAACGGAUACAAAGGCAAACUCAUGUGCGGUGUUUACAAGCCCACAGCUGCCAUCUCCAUCUCGUAUGGCAAGCAGGAACAAGAUCUCCCCGCAUACUACCAGAAACGGCAGUGCAACGAGUUUCUGAAACUUGGUCUCCAGGGAGUAAGCAUUUUCGUGGCAAGCGGUGACACAGGUGUCGGCGGCAUCCCUGGCGAUGGCACCCGAAACGGCUGUCUUCGCAACGGAAAAGUCUUUUCGCCAACUCAGCCGAAUUCCUGUCCUUGGCUCACGAACGUUGGAGCCUCUAUGAUACCCCGAGGAAAGACUGCGAAUGAUCCAGAGGUUGCUGCUGCAUCUGAAGGCUUCUAUUCUGGUGGCGGAUUCAGCAACAUUUUCCCCAUUCCCGAUUACCAAUCCGAAGCAGUCGAAAAUUUCUUCGAAAUAUCCAAGCCCAAAUAUGCAUAUUAUCAUAAUGGGAGCUAUGGGAGCUCCAAUGGUCUAUACAAUCGGAAUGGUCGUGGUAUACCUGAUGUAGCAGCGAAUGGUGUCAAUAUCGCCGUUUAUGUCGGUGGGAGCCUCGUAACGGAAGGCGGCACAAGCGCAUCUGCACCCAUAUUUGCAGCCCUUGUUACACGAAUCAAUGAGGAGAGGCUCAAGAUUGGAAAGAGCGUCGUGGGAUUCGUCAACCCAGUACUAUAUGCACACCCUGAAGUGUUCAAUGACAUUGUUAACGGCACCAAUCCUGGUUGCGACACGCAAGGGUUCAGCUGUGCCCCUGGUUGGGUAAGCCCUUACCUCAAAUAG